AUGGCGUCAGCAGGCGAUGCUGACAUGGACAAGCUGAUGGCUCAGAUGGAGCGCCUGCAGACCCGCCUGGACGCCUGCAACGGCUGGGAGCUCGACAGGCAGCUUCAGAGAGCCAUGGACGCACUGCGCUGCCCCCCAGGGGAGGCCCCCGUGGCGAACCUGAGUGGCGGAGAGAGGAGGCGCGUGGCUCUGUGCCGGCUGCUGCUGCAGGCACCGGAUAUCCUCUUUCUGGACGAGCCCACCAACCAUCUGGACGCGGAGGCAGUGGCGUGGCUGGAGCGGUACCUGGCUGAGUUCAAAGGCACCGUUGUCGCCAUCACUCACGACCGAUACUUUUUGGACAAUGUGGCGGGGUGGAUUCUGGAGCUGGAUCGCGGGCAGGGAAUUCCCUUUGAGGGCAACUACUCUGCUUGGCUCGAGAACAAGGCGCAGCGCCUGGCAGGGGAAGAGCGGCAGCAGUCGGCACUGCAGCGGGUGAUGGAGAGGGAGAUGGAGUGGAUUCGACAGAAGGCCAAGGGACGGCAGAAGAAGGGAAAGGCCCGUAUGCGGGCGUAUGAAGAACUUGUCAUUCAGGCCAAUGUGGUGGUGGAGGCGGAGGGGGUUGCCAAGGCGUUUGGGGAGCGCGUGCUCAUGGAUGGGGUCAACUUCACCCUGCCGCCUGGAGGCAUUGUGGGGGUGAUCGGUGGGAACGGUGCCGGCAAGUCAACCCUAUUUCGCAUGAUUGUGGGGCAAGAAAGCCCCAAUGAGGGCACACUGCGAGUGGGGGAGACGGUGGCGCCACUUUAUGUCAACCAAUCACGCGACGCGCUGGAUCCCAACAAGACGGUGUUCGAGGAGAUCACGGGCGGCGCAGAUGAGAUCCUGCUGGGCGAGCGCAAGGUGAACAGCCGGGCGUACUGCGCGUGGUACAACUUCAAGGGGGCGGACCAGCAGAAGAAGGUGGGCGUGCUGUCGGGCGGAGAGAGGAACCGUGUGCACCUGGCGCGCAUCAUGCGGCGCGGAGGCAACCUGCUCAUGCUGGACGAGCCCACCAAUGAUCUGGACGUUGAUACGCUGAGGGCGCUGGAGGAUGCGAUUCAGGGGUUUGCGGGAUGCGUGAUUGUCAUCUCUCACGACCGCUGGUUUUUGGAUCGCAUUGCCACGCACAUCAUGGCCUUUGAAGGCGACUCCAAGGUGGUUUGGUUCGAAGGCUCGUACAGCGACUAUGAGGAGGACAGGAGGAGGAGGCUUGGGAACAAGGAACCAUCACGUCUUAAGUACAGGGCGCUAGCAUGA